UACUGUUUUCGUGUGAUUUGUUAAAAGGAAAAAAAGAAAGGAACUUCGACGGAUUUCGGAAUGAUUUCUUUUCGUGCACUUCCACCGACAAAACUCCGUGUUUUGCCCAGCAUUUCCUUUAGAAGGAGAAUCUCGAGAUUAUUCUGGAAAUUUGUGGCAGUGGUGGAAAUCAUCUGAUCGAUUAUGAACGAGAUGUGUGUAGUACGUUCUCGAGAGUUGGCAAGAAGGCCAAGAUUGAAGGCUUAAAAGAGAGUGCCAACAUUCUCCGGAACGAAUUGUUCUCAAGAACGAGCUCAAACGAGAAGUUAACUCCCCAAGUUCAUCAUGGAGGCAAAUAUCGAAGUUGUCACCAACGACAAAGAAGGACGACAUCUAGUUGCCAUUGAAGAAUUUGAACAAGGACAAUGUUUGUGGUCAGAAAAGCCAAUUUUAUGCGGACCUCGAUAUUCCACUUACCCAGUGUGUUUAGGAUGUUACGAACCAGUGGAUGGAACCGUUUUGUGCCCGAAAUGUGGAUGGCCAAUGUGCAGUGAGGAUUGUCCAUUCUUGGAAAACCACACGCCAGAGUGCAAGGUGUUCCAAAGGAAAAAUGUCAAAGUCGACACCUCAACAUUUAAGUACCAGGAGGUGGAACCAAUGUACGAUAUCAUUCUUCCUCUGCGAGUCUUGGUUCUGAAAGCCCAAGAUCCGACCUUGGCCAAACAGUUCUUCCACUUGGAAUCCCAUGUGACCAAAUGGAAACAAACCAAAUCCUGGAAUGGCAGUCACGCCAAGAUUUGGAACUAUCUCAAGGACACAUUGUCAAUGGAAACGAGUCAAGAAGAGAUCUCGAACAUAUUUGGGAUCUUAUACACGAAUGAUUUCUUGGUGGAUACCGUGUCAGGCACGUCAAACGUUGUGGCUGUGUAUAGGGAUGUGAGCAUGUGUUCCCAUUCGUGUGUGCCAAAUGCUUUCAAAACCUUUGGAUCAAUCCAGGAUGGGUUUUCAAUCACGCUUCGAGCCAAACAAACGAUCAAAAAGGCCGAAAACAUCACUAUAUCGUAUGUGGAAACGUUUCUGCCCAGUGCAAUAAGACAAGAAAAAAUGGAAUACGGCAAGCAUUUUACUUGUAUGUGUCCACGAUGCUCCGAUCCCACGGAUCUGGGCACUUUUGGAAACUCUCUACUUUGUGGUUCCAAUUGUGGCGGAACAGUCUCCAAAAGCAAGGACAAAAACGAUUACAAGUGCGAAAAAUGCGGUCGAGGCAUGACCAAAGAAAUUGUGCAGAAAAUCUUCAAUAAGGCAUUCAAGGAAACGGAAGCUUUGCUGAAAUCAAACUCCUCCACCGUGGUGGAUCUGUGUGAAAUGUUCCUCUCCCGAUACAAGACCCUUUUGCAUCCGAAUAAUUUACUCAUGUUGAAAGUAAAAUACGGAUUGAUUACCAUGAUUGGUAGGAUUCCUGGAUAUCAAAUGAAUUGUCUCACUUUGGACCAGAUCAUCCGCAAACGGAGGCUUUGCGAGGAUAUCUUGAGAGUGCUCGAUGUCAUUGAUCCCGGUAUCAGCUCCAGACGAGGUGUGGUGCUGUAUGAAUUGCACAUGGCUCAGAUCAUGGCUGCUCAAUUGCAAUAUGCCAACGAUGAGAUUGAUAUUCUUUCGGCCAAAGAGGAAUUUGAGGAAUCAUUGCGCUCUUUGCAACAAUCGAUUGAAAUGCUUCAAUUCGAGAAACCCGAAUCAUUUGAAGGGAUCAUUUACCAAGGAGCGAAACCAACUCUUGCACCUUUGAGGCAGCACAUUCAAAAUGAAUUCGGAGACUUGUGAAAAAGGAGACAACGUGAAAUAAAGUGUACCACAAGACAUGA